AAAGCACAAGGCAUUUGUAAUUUAAAAGCGCUACCUAGCAUGAGCUCUUAGGGCCAAUUUUCAGGCAGUGCGUUGGAUAGCAACAACUUCGGAGGUCCCCGGCUUGCAGAGGGAGACGUGGAAGUGAGUGGAGCCGGGCGGUCCUGAGCACACUAGAGGAAGUCGUGCUACUCCGGGGAGUUAGCGUUUGUUCUAGAUUCAUCCCGGCACCACCAUGUCGAAGGUUUCCUUUAAGAUCACGCUGACGUCGGACCCACGGCUGCCGUACAAAGUGCUCAGUGUUCCUGAAAGUACACCUUUCACAGCAGUCUUAAAGUUUGCAGCAGAAGAAUUUAAAGUUCCUGCUGCAACAAGUGCAAUUAUUACCAAUGAUGGAAUAGGAAUAAAUCCUGCACAGACUGCUGGCCUUGCGGUUGAAAUUCAGCCAUAGAGAAAAUGAAGAGUGAUUUAAAAUUGCAAAUUUUUGUUACUUCAGUAGUUUUUAAUAUAUAAUUUUAUUAAAAAGGUUUAUUGAAAAUCAUGAGGCACUUUAUUGUAUGGAUGCCUUUAAUCUGAGUAGAGAAAGGUUUCUUUUUUUCUUAUUCGAGAAACUUUCGGUAUUUUACAGUAGUUUGAAUUACUGCUAACUCUAACAUACUGCUUGUUAUAUUAUCUUUAAAAAUGGAAUGUGCAUAUCAUUGAUAUGAAGAAAAUCUCAGCAGGCAAUGGACCCCAAAUAUGUCAGGGUAUCUAAAUUUUUGUCACUUGUAGUAAUUUACAUUUUUUUUUCCUGUCCUGAGAUAUAUUAUUGUGUAUUGAAGGAAGUAUUCAUGAUUAAAUUAUUCACAUUGUUACUUGCUGAAAGUAUUUGUCAGCAUUUUCAUGUCUGGCGUUAUUUUAAAUUUUAAGCCUGUGUUGGAUUGUGAAGAUACGAGAAUAGGAGCAAGACUUAAAAAGCAUGGCAUUGGGGUCUCAUGAUGCUUGAGCUUUUGUACCUAUUUUACUGUUUACUAAAUUAUUUAUUAUAUUUAAUAAUUGUCAGAAUAUUAAGAUAACUUGAUUUUUAGAUACCUAACUUUAUAUUUUGUUUGUUUGUAUAGGAAAUGUUUUUCUAAAACAUGGUUCAGAACUGCGGAUUAUUCCUAGAGAUCGUGUUGGAAGUUGUUAAUAUCUGCUACUUGGAACAUACGAUUUCCUUUCAGAAUAAAUACUGGUAUUUUUUGUUGUUGUAAAAUUGAAAUCAAGCAUAUAACAUAUUAUGAAAACACCAAGAGUAGGGGACUCAUCUGUCCCUUUUUGUUGUCCAUACUCUUCCUAUGAAGAGGGAAUGCGUAUGAAUUAAGGCUACUACGGUCACAGAAGAUCGUGGUCUUUGAUGCUACCUCACAACACAAACAGGUAGUUCGUUGGGGGCAAAUGAAUUAGCCAACUGUUAACUGGAAGCUUUUGAUAAGUUUUUUUUUUAGAACAAUUUGGAACAUUAAAAUUUACUGAAUCAUAUAUAUUCGUCUGAGUUAAAAAUGUAAAAAGAAUUAUGGACCCUGGAUGGCAAUUUGCUUGAUAGCAUCUGAUUUGCAGAUACAUAAUUUGAUUUUUAAUUAAAUACAUAGGUUAUGAUGAAGUGAAUAGACAUAUCAGUGAACAGUUAACUAUAUUAAAAUUUUAUUUCCUUUUUUUAAGAUUCCAACCUCAGUUAUAUAAAUUUCAGUUUAAUAUCAACCAAACAAUUAAAAUUUUAAUGUAACCCUUAUGUGUGUAAAUUGAUGUCCCAAACCAGCUUUUAAUGGUGGACUUACAGAAUCCAGUACUUUUAAUGGUGGGAAUUUUCAAUACAGUAGAAGCAUCCUUUGCUGAGUUAUACAUUCCUUUAUCAAUCUCUUUUGAUACAACAUUUAAAACAAGCAGCUUCAAGAAACCAUUGGUGUUUUGAGGAUAAUAUUUCUAAAUAGCAUUCAGGAAGAGAGUAUUAUUACACAGAUCUGAAGAUCAAAAAACAGCUCAAGGAAAUGCAGAUCGGAAGUGCUGAUGAGUUAUAUUUAUUGAAAACUCAACUUUUAAGGAAGUGCUAAGAUCAGUCACCCAUGUGAAUAAGAAGCCAGGAAAGGAAAGAUGGAGAAGCCCAGAUCACCAGACUUCUGUGAAGGAGGAAAGCAACAGAGGAAAACAGUGAAAGGGAACAGAAAGGGGUAGCAAAGUGUUACAGAAAAGCCAACUGGAUAGACAGAACUGCAGAAGGUGUAUGUUGGGGAGAACUGAAAGGGAAAGCAAAAUACUUGAGAUAGUCUUAAGCAGAAGAAGGCAAUUAGAGAAAACAAAGUGUCUACUGGACUUGUCAACAUACAGACUUCAAGAUAUCCCUUAUGAGAAUCCAAAGAAAGAUGUGUAAGGGAAGAUUUUAUUUGCCCUUCCAGAAGAAAUCAGUAUCUAUGCAAAUCUUGAAAGAUGAAAUCAAAGCUCAUAAUGAUUCAGAAUCAGUGCUUGACCUUCUGUAUUCUGAAUGGUGAACUCUGGAAGCAGGGAUUGUGUCUGUCUGGCUCUUUUUAGAGCUGGAAAUGUAGUGGCUUUCAUUAAAUACUUGCUGUAAAGUCUUUCUAAGACCAAUUAUCAUCUUAGCAUGUUUCAGUAUCUUCUCUGUCAUAGACCCUAAGUUCAUUAGGGGGAAAAAAAAAAAAAAUUCAACAGAAUCCGCAUUUGAAGUGUGCCAUUGGUACUUGUUUAUGAAAUUACCAGAUAUUCAUAAAUGUGACAGAUGAACAGCAGGAUUAUGAAUUAUCACAGGAAAAAUAUUUGCUGAGGUGAAAAAAUCUGAUAUUUGAGGAAGUUUUUAUUUUUUUUUAUUUAUUUUCUUUUUGAGGUGGACUCUGUCGCCAGGCUUCUUUUGCCUCAGCCUCCCGAGUAGCUGGAACUACAGGCGUGCGCCACCACGCUCAGCUAAUUUUUGUAUUUUUAGCAGAGACAGGGAGGAAGUUUUUAUUUUUAUAAACAAAAUCUGAUGUUCAGAGGCCCCGUUUUUUACAAUAAAUGUUGAGUCUCAGUUAAGCAGGAAUUUGUGAACAACCAUUUCCUGACUUUUUGCUUUAAUUUAGAUUUUUCUCCACUCUGUUUCUAGCACAACAAUUUGCCUGCUGUGUUACAAAAAUAAAUUUAUAUUGUCCUGUGCCAUAAAGUGAUAUAUUUAAUAUUUUUAUUCUUUGGUUUUGAACAUUGUAAGUUCCUAAAAACAUUUUAUUAACUAGACAUUUUGUUAUUAAAUAAAUGUGAUCUGUCAUUUCUUUGUGCAGAAUGAUUUGAAGUAUUUAGUUUACAUGCAUUAUUGGUUCAUUAUUAAUAUCUAAUGGAAAUACAUAUUGUUAUAUUGUACAUGAUAUUGUGUAUUAUUAUUAGAGCUCUUGAUCAGCACACCUGUGGAGUCAGUAUAUAAUACAUGUAGUAAAGAAAAGAAGGGCAAAGAUGAUUAAUGACCAUAAGUCACAGAAAUUAGUUUAUAGUCAUCUGCCACAGACACAGUAGUGAUGUUUCAUCUAACAACAGACCACAUAUAUGACCUGGUCCCAUAUUACUGUAUUUUUACUGUGCCUUAUCUAUGUUUAGAUACACAAGUGCUUACCAUCAUUUUACAGUUGUUUACAGUAUUAGGUACAGUGACAUGCUCUACAGGUUUGUAGUCUAGGAGCAAUAGGCCAUACCAAAUAGCCUAAGUUUGUAGUAGGUAACAUCAUCUACAUCAUCUAGGUUUGUAUGAGUACAUUCUGAUGUUCACACAGUGACAAAAUUGCGUAAGGAAGCAUUUCUCAGAAUUUGUUCCUGUGAUUAAGUGAUAUAUAACAGUACUUCCAAAUGCCUGUCUAUUUUACAGAUGUAAAAAAAAGUUGAGAAGAAAAUGGGGUUAUCGUAACUGGCUAAGUUAGUAGGUUUCAAACCUGGGUGAUAACAGAGUUGCCUAGGAAAUUAAAGAUAUAGAUUUUUGGAAACCACCCCUUGAAUUCUGAUGUAUUGAGUCUGUAAUAAUAUCUAAGAAACUCUGUAAAUGGGAGUGCUGGUGAUGUCUGGCGGUCAGUUGGUUUGAGAAUUAAUGAGAAGGCCACCUUUUCACUUUGUGGAAGAACAGAAUGAGGUCUAAGCGGUCAAAGUAAGUAGAAUAUGUUCUGGAAUCUUGGACAGUGCACUUUCCAAUGCUUGGUAAGUAGUCUGAGGCAAAGGUGCUAGCUAACAGUCUCACUCACUAGCUAACAGUCUCACUACACAACCUUUAAAGGUUUUCAAGUAAAACAUUUUUUAGAUAUGUUUUUCUUAGAACUAGUUGUUCAAAAGAAAAGUCAGUGGGAAGAAAAUGCAAUCCUAUUUAAUUCCUCUGCUCCAAUAUUAAGAUACUAAAACUACCAUGUUUUUUACCCAAGGACCUUGAACUAUUCGUGAAUUGGAAGCACUGUCAUACUUUAAUGGAGUGAUUCUAAGUUAACUGAUAGUGUUCCUGAGGCCAUUUAUAAACCACACACACAAAAAUAAUGAUUUAUGUAUGUAAUUCAUCCAAAAGAAAUCUGUUGAACAUCUACUGUGUGUCAAAUAUUUUGAUGGAUAAUUUCACUUUUAUUAUCUCAUUGUUUAUAACAAUUCCAGCUUAUUUUCCCCUUUUAUAGAAGAAGAAAGGGCUCAAAUUGAGUUUUGAAAUUUGAACCCAUGAUUUGACCCAAACUCUGCACAUUAUACGGAGAAAUUUUUAGUAUAUAUUUUCUGUGAUAUGCUAGAUGUGUAUUGAAUCACAGAUUAAAAAUAAAAUAUGUAAGGCUUAAAUUCCAUUUUAGAAUACUGACUCUGUAAUGAUAACGAGUGGUAUUACUUUUUUAAUACAUGGUGUAUAUAUGGUAUAAAUAUGAUAACAUUCUAGGAUAUUAAUUAUAAACCAGUAGUGGGAGUAGGGACUGUGCCCAUAUUCAUUAGCCUAUCAGACAUUGUGUUUUUUAAUUUUAGUGUAUCUUGCAAGUGCAGCUGCAACAUUAGUCUUCUAAUAACCUACUCUUUCUACUAGAUUACUGCCCAUAAACUCCUUUAAUACAGAAAUUCUGGAACUGCCCUCUAUUGGUUAGUGCUGGAGAUGGGUAAAUCAUUAGUCAAACUAGGCUAUUAAACCAUUAAUUGAAAUAAAUGCUCUUGAAAAGUUCAGUCUAUCCAAUCUAUUAGCCAUAGCCUUCAAAUUGGCUAAGGUUCUCUUACCGUCAAAUCUUACUCAUCUGAUUUGCCUUUCUUGAUGUAUCAAGCCAAUCACAAAAUUCUCUUGAUGCUGUUAACAGAAUAUGUCAGCCAUCACCGCUGUAACAAAAGCCCUCAUCUUCUCAUUUAUACUAAGAGCCUCUAGUCUUUCCAUUUUCUCUUUCAUACUGUUGCUGUAAUGAAUUUUUUUAAUGCCAUGUUUCAUUAGUCGAAAUCCUACCGAAUAAAAAAUCUACACUAAAAUCUA